AUAUUUUCUGUAUUCUUCUGCAGCAAAGGACCUUCACAGCUUUCAGGCGAUCUUCUCAAGGAGUUUCAGUACCAAUUUUUCAGGUAAUAAAAAAUGGAAUUUGUUAGUGAGGUAGGAGAACUCCAGGGUAACCAGGGCAUGGACGGGGAAGAGAACGUGAUGGCGGUAGAACCCAUUACCAUGAUUGUACCACCGGAACUGCAAGACGUGCCGGAAACCCCUACGGCGGAGGGCAGUGCCAGUUCAGGGGCGCAUGAGGAUUCCGGUGCUAACCCCUCUCCGUCACCUGAAGGGUCGUCAACAGAAAACACUGCUAGUGCAAGUAGCACCCCGCCGGAAAGUAUGGAAGUGGCCGUAAACAUACCGCCGGUUGCAGGCUGGGAAAACAAAACCAUAAGUGGUAGGUUAAGCAACCUCCGCAAGGCGCCGAAUACAUUGACGGCCGGAUUUCGGUUUCGGGCGAGCCUGCAUCAUGAGGUAGCAGAUUGUCCUACCUCCAUUAAAGGGUACAAGAGGCUGGAGGAGGUAGUGAGACGAUACCACGUUCCUAGGACAGUUUUGUUACGAACAGGGACCACAAAUGAAAGGGCCUGCAGUGUGUCAGCAACAGGGUGGAUACCUGUAUAUGUGGACCAUUUCGAUGCCGGCCUGAGGUUUCCUUUACCCGGGCUGAUUUUCGACAUUCUGUCAGAGUACGAACUGUCGCUCACACAGUUUACUCCCAACAGUAUAAAAUUCAUCGUAGGGUUUAUGUUGCUGUGUGCACGGCUGCAGAUACCUGCGAAGGCCAUUGUUUUCAGGUCGCUAUUUUUGUGCCGGCUGAGCAGUGCACAGACGAGGUGCGAGCAAGCAGCUCGAAUACAGAAUAGGGAGCUGGCUGACACUUGCAAACGGCUGUCCUCAGACAAGGCGAGCUUGGAGGAUGAGGUGAACCGUUUGCAAAGCUCAGAGAUGGCCAACAGGGCUGCGUCAGCCGAGAGCCGGGCUGACGAGCUGGCCAACAAGGUCAUCCAGCUGCAGGAGGAGCUGGAUAAGGCGAAAGCCGAGAAGGAGAGUGGGAUUCAGGCGGCCAUGGAUGAGGUCGUUCGUGCGGUGGAUCUCAGGAAGAAGGUAGAGGCUGAGAGAGAUGGCGCGCUGGGCGAUCUCAACGCCAUAAGAGGGCGGGUUGCUGUGGCCGACCAGGAUCUUGCCCGCGCAGAGGAAUCCCUGAGGCAGGCCAAGGCUCAACACCAACGCUGUAUUAGCAUCGCGCGAGCUCAAGGCGCAGAAUGGCUGGUUGGUGCUGACAUGUUCCAGGACGCCGUGGCUGUGGCAUCCAUGAACACCACGACUGAGAUUUACAAUGAUGUUCGUGGUAAGGUGUUGAAGCACCGGCCGGACUUCCCAAUCAACGAGCUCGCGUUUUUUGAUGGUGAAGAGUUCGAUGCAGAAGGGAAGAGUCUUGUUGAACCUUCUGACACAACGGUGAGGCUUCGUUGGGAGCUGAACGAGGAGGGAUUGCCAAUAUGGCCACCGUCUGUCCUUGAGGAAGGAGAGGAGUAUGAGAAUCUGUUGAGGUUCGACACCUGGGCUGGUGAUGCUCCUGUAGAAGAAGCUGAGCCUUCAAGUACUCCUCCUGCUCUUCAACCCACCCCUGCUGCCAUCUCAAUCCCAGCUCGUGCUGACGCGUCCGCUCCCGUGGAUUUAACGGACGAUUAGAUUUAGGCUUUUCUUUUUCUUAUAUUUUUGCAUUUUCAACAUUUGCUUGUUGGCAACAUAUUUUGUAGUCUCAUGGGCACCUCAUGUAAUGAAUUUACAAAGAAUAUAACUGAAACGAAUUU